AUGGAGCUAGACCCUCCAGGCAAGGCAUGCCAGGAGGUGCUGGAGAAGCCUCUCCAUCCCAAGAGUGUGGUGGCUUCUGCAAGGGAUGGUGCUGGGGGAGCUCAUGGGGAACCUGCAGCCAAGACCCCCAUGGAGCUAGACCCUCCAGGCAAGGCAUGCCAGGAGGUGCUGGAGAAGCCUCUCCAUCCCAAGAGUGUGGUGGCUUCUGCAAGGGAUGGUGCUGGGGGAGCUCAUGGGGAACCUGCAGCCAAGACCCCCAUGGAGCUAGACCCUCCAGGCAAGGCAUGCCAGGAGGUGCUGGAGAAGCCUCUCCAUCCCAAGAGUGUGGUGGCUUCUGCAAGGGAUGGUGCUGGGGGAGCUCAUGGGGAACCUGCAGCCAAGACCCCCAUGGAGCUAGACCCUCCAGGCAAGGCAUGCCAGGAGGUGCUGGAGAAGCCUCUCCAUCCCAAGAGUGUGGUGGCUUCUGCAAGGGAUGGUGCUGGGGGAGCUCAUGGGGAACCUGCAGCCAAGACCCCCAUGGAGCUAGACCCUCCAGGCAAGGCAUGCCAGGAGGUGCUGGAGAAGCCUCUCCAUCCCAAGAGUGUGGUGGCUUCUGCAAGGGAUGGUGCUGGGGGAGCUCAUGGGGAACCUGCAGCCAAGACCCCCAUGGAGCUAGACCCUCCAGGCAAGGCAUGCCAGGAGGUGCUGGAGAAGCCUCUCCAUCCCAAGAGUGUGGUGGCUUCUGCAAGGGAUGGUGCUGGGGGAGCUCAUGGGGAACCUGCAGCCAAGACCCCCAUGGAGCUAGACCCUCCAGGCAAGGCAUGCCAGGAGGUGCUGGAGAAGCCUCUCCAUCCCAAGAGUGUGGUGGCUUCUGCAAGGGAUGGUGCUGGGGGAGCUCAUGGGGAACCUGCAGCCAAGACCCCCAUGGAGCUAGACCCUCCAGGCAAGGCAUGCCAGGAGAUGCUGGAGAAGCCUCUCCAUCCCAAGAGUGUGGUGGCUUCUGGAGGGGAUAGUGCUGGGAGAGCUCACUGGGAACCUGCAGCCAAGACCCCCCUGGAGCUGGACCCCCCAGGCAAGGCAUGCCAGGAGGUGCUGGAGAAGCCUCUCCAUCCCAAGAGUGUGGUGGCUUCUGGAGGGGAUAGUGCUGGGGGAGCUCACUGGGAGCCUGCAGCCAAGACCCCCGUGGAGCUGGGGGCCCCGUGCUGUGCAGCUGAGGCCUCUGCAAGGGCAGACACCCUGGAUGUGACUUGGCCCGAGAUGUAUGAGUAUUUGUUCUGUGACUCCCAAGGGGAAGAAGAAGGAACGGAGGACUCUCUGGAGGGGAAGAAAACACCCUUGGAAAGGGAAAUAUCCUUGCCUGAACUGUAUGAGUAUUUUUUCAAUGAACCAGAAGGAAACAGGAAAAAAGCCAAGGGUAAAGACAGGAAGCGAAAGAAGUUCAGCAGCUUGGACCAGACUCUGCUGCAAAACGAGGAUCCUGACGGGUCUCCCAUCAAAGACUCCCUGGUUAUCUCAGUCCCUGAGGUGUCCAAACACUUCUUUCGGGGUGGGCCUGGGAACAGGGCAGGCUGGAGAGGGAUCUUCCCAAUCGCCCCAGCCUCUGAGGUGAAGAAAGCUGUGGGGGCUUUGAAGUCCCUCCUGCAGCGGCCAAUGAGGCUGGUGAGAGGCCAAGCCCCAGCUGCCCAGGCUCUGGUUCGGAGGAGAUCUGGAGAGAAACUCGCCCUCGUCCCUCUGGCUCCACUGGGAAGAGGCCAGGAGCAACCAGAAGGGUUGGACAUGGCCCUUGCACUGACAGGGACGCCCGAGGUUCCGCUGGCGCUGACCCACAAAGACAUGUGCCUGGUCUUCUGUGCCUUUGCCUCCUGGGCAGUGAAGACCUCCGACCUGCAGGCUCCAGAUGCCUGGAAAACCAUGUUCCUGGCAAGUUUUGGCACCCUCUCUGCCAUCCGCUACUUCCGAAGGCAGGUCAGAGAAGGACACCCCCGGGUCUAG